AGAGAGGGUGGGCGGAGCGUUCGGUGGGCGCGAGAGCAGGGCCCGAGCCGGCCUGGGAGCUUGCCGAGCCGAACGCGGCCAGCGGAGCGCCUGGGCGGCGGCGGCGGCGGCUGCGUGCGCUAUGGCUCCGGCCGCGGACCGCGAGGGCUACUGGGGCCCCACGACGUCCACGCUGGACUGGUGCGAGGAGAACUACGCGGUGACCUGGUACAUCGCCGAGUUCUGGAAUACAGUGAGUAACCUGAUUAUGAUUAUACCUCCAAUUUUUGGUGCAAUUCAGAGUGUUAGAGAUGGACUGGAAAAGCGGUACAUUGCUUCUUAUUUAGCACUCACAGUGGUAGGAAUGGGAUCCUGGUGCUUCCACAUGACUCUGAAAUAUGAAAUGCAGCUAUUGGAUGAACUCCCAAUGAUUUACAGCUGUUGUAUAUUUGUGUACUGCAUGUUUGAAUGUUUCAAGAUGAAGAACUCUGUAAACUACCAUCUGCUUUUUAUCUUAGUUCUUUUCAGUUUAAUAGUAACCACAGUUUACCUUAAGGUAAAGGAGCCUGUAUUCCAUCAGGUUAUGUAUGGAAUGUUGGUCUUCACAUUAGUACUUCGAUCUAUUUAUAUUGUUACAUGGGUUUAUCCAUGGCUCAGAGGACUAGGUUAUACAUCCUUGGGCAUAUUUUUAUUGGGAUUUCUGUUAUGGAACAUAGAUAACAUAUUUUGUGAUUCACUGAGGAACUUUCGAAAGAAGAUGCCACCUAUCAUAGGUGUUGCCACACAGUUUCAUGCAUGGUGGCAUAUUUUAACUGGCCUUGGUUCUUAUCUUCACAUCCUUUUCAGUUUGUAUACAAGAACUCUUUACCUGAAAUACAGGCCAAAAGUGAAGUUUCUCUUCGGAAUCUGGCCAGUGAUCCUGUUUGAGCCUCUCAGGAAGCACUGAUGAAUUAUUCCAGGAAAACAAAAAAAGCAUCUACCAUAGGCCUGGCCAAAUGAAUAAGGAAAUCCUUAAAGAUCUACACAUUCAAAUAUAUCAUGACCAUCACAGCAAAGGAGUGACUUUCUAACUAAUGCUGCCAGUCACACAGAGAAUAAGGAAUAGUCUUGUUGGAUGUUGAGCUCGCAUCUUUAUCUCAUUUGUCCCUUCUCCUCCUCACCCUCACCCUAAGAUGUUUAAAAAGAAACAGACAUGAUGUGUGUAUAUAUAGUUGAAUGCUGGGAAAAUGAGGCUUUUCUUAACAGGUUAACAGUUUGUGCUGAUCAUAGGAAAUUUAACCUUUUUCCCUUUUUUGACAAGGGUUGCAUGUAAAUUAUACUUUGCUUAAUAUUUGAUUAAAUGAUCCAAACAGUCAGCUAAGUAUUGGCAAAACCCCAUACCCAGAUGGCCAGCUAUGGAGCUGGCCGUGUCAGCCUUGAUUUGUGUUCUUAUUGUAGUAACCUCAUGAAUGGUUUCCCAAGGUGAAAAAGAGCUAUCUGUGGGAUUCUGGUAGUUCCUCACGGUCUGCCCUUGUGCUAGUCAGCAUGUCAUAAGCAAGCUCCAACUGGCCACUCGGUUCCCUACUUGCCAUACCCCAGAUUUGCAGUGGGUUCUGGGGUGUCUGUGUGUGGCCACCGCCAGUCGGAGUUGAGUGGGUCACCUUGUAGAGUUUGCAAAGACCACAAGGACACCUGUGGGAUGUUGUGCCUCCAGGCUGUUAGUUAAAGGUGGUUUCUCUGUUUUCUUUGAUCUUUGCAGAUCUUGAAGUUGUCACUGGUUUUAUGGCUAGGCAAACAUGAUUGGUGGUCUGGCCUGCCAAUGUUCCACCCUCUUGACGGAACUUAUUCGAAGUUACCAGUGAAUGUUGUUUGUUACACUCUUUAUAAACUAUGCCAUAUUUUCCAGUUUUCAGAGGGGCCUUGGUUAUGCCCAGGGAAAUGUAUCAGGUUAACUAGAGCUAAAAUGAUCAGGAUCCUAUUUACAUAAAGCUUAUUAGAAUGCCUGCCCCUUCAUUUGUUGAAGGAAAUAGAUACAAGAGUUGAGAAUGGCUCUCACUUACUUGAAUGAACUCCCCAAAAUUAAAAUACUAAAAAAUGGCAGUGAAAUAUCAUCACAAAGCAGCUAGUUCUGAUUUGGGUUCAAAUGUAUAACAAAUUGAAUUACAUUUCACAAACAUAACACCGAUCUGGAGUAAAACGUUAUUUGACCCCUUUGCCUGAGGUAUCACCGUAUUGGUAGCUCUGUACCACUUGGCAUUUUUGCGACUUUAUUAUAAAACCUAGAUUGUUUUUACCGCGUGGUGACAUUGACCCAGAUUAAAUCCUGAAGCUACAGCUUCAAAAGGAAAAUCAUUUUUUUUCUUCUGCAAAGGUAUAAAAACACUCCUGUCAUUUUCCCAGUAUCCAGUAAGUCGCCUUUGUACAAAUUUAAAACCAGUACAGAUUUUGUUGUUCUUCUUCACCUUCUGGCCUUAGUUUUAGUCCAAGAACUAUUUUCCUAACCAAAGCAUGCCAACACGCCAUUAGGCAUAAACUUCUGCCUACUUUUAUGAUCCUCCAGCAAGAAAAGCACUUGCCAAAAUAAAUCUAAAGAACUUUGGUUGUGCCUUAAGAAAACCUAAAACUAAGCAGUUCUAAUACACAGCCCGUAAGACUGUUCUUCCGCCAUAAGAUUCUGACUUCUGGCUACAUUUCAUGUGCAGCUCCCUAGGCUAUCAGCCAUCUUACAUUUUUCAAAUAGGUUCAUUUGUUUCACACCAUUGUCUUUUGUACUUUUCACUCAAGCUACACUUCUGUGUAAAGAAUCUAUGUAUGGCAACAAAGGCACAGCCUUCUUGAUAGCGCAGCCAGGCGCAGGGAGACUGAGGCUGUGCAUAUCACAGACAAGGUGUGGAGAGCCCCCACUGAUACCCAAGCCCUUUCCAGCAGUUUGCUGAACGAACACUUCAGCCACCGCCCCCUGUAGUCACUUGCUGAAUGAAGUUGUCCAGCACCUCCGUGGAGAAGCACGGGCACCACUGGGUGACUUGUAACGCUGUGGCCACUUGUUCAGAGACCCUUGUUUCUGCUGUGAAAACAGCUGGCAUGGAAGCAGAAAGCAUUUUAGAAGUGUUGAGCAGAAAGCAGAGACUGAAUCCAGGCUCUAACUCUCCCAAGUUAGCCUGUGCCUCACAUACGGCUGUCUUUCUAGCGGCCUAAGUAUUAGCACACUCAACACUUCUUUUCUGUGCCAUAGCGAGUAUUAUGGAAAUACUGCUGACCUUCAGGGUAUUGCUAAGUCAACUUUAUUUGAAUGGCUUUAUUUUUCCCUUCUAGGAUUCCAGGUAGGCACUGUAGGGUUGGGUUCCCUUUACUUCCUUGGCAGACUUCCUAAACUAGAGUAUACAAAAACCGAUUUCCUGCUGAGCAAACAUAUCUGAUGUGAAAGGUGCUCCUCUGUGAGCCCUGUAGCAAAUUACAUUUUAGAAAAUACUAGUAUCUUAUGAGGAUAUGAAAGCAGCAAUUGGCCUGUGUAUCUUAAUAUCCUGCCAUUUUCACUCCAGAAAAUUGAAAGCAAUUUGACUUUUUUUCAAGGAAAAACUAAAUGAAAGGUGGUUGUCCUAAUCUGGUUGGUCGCUCCACCCACCCCUCCCCACCGUGGUGCUUUCAUGAAACAUUGCCAACACCUGAAGUGAUCUCUUUUAUCUUUGCGAUAUUGUAUAAAUUGAUGAUUGGGGAUAAAUUGAUGACAAACGUUUGUUUUUGAUUCAUUUACAAAUGAGAACCUCAAGUAGUGUAUUUGGUUUAGUAGAAUCAGAUAAAAUAUUAUGGUUUACCCUAAAUGCACAGUUUCCAGGACCAUUAAACUAGCCUUUCCUUACACUAAGAAUGUUUUACUUAUACUGAUGAAGUUUUGGGGUGAUGGUGGGGUAGUCUAGAGCCGACAAGAAAGAAUUCUUGAAGACGCCUUUGGUGCAAAAGUGAUUUUAUUAAAACAAGGGGACAGGACCCAUGGGCAGGAAGAGCUUCAUGGGGUCAUAAUAGGUAACUCAUUACAUACCCUCAGGUUGGGAGGGGGUCAGGGAUAGAGUAAGCCUCUAAGGAAUUUUGGAAGCAAGGUUUCCAGGAUCUUGAGGGGCUAGCUGUUGCUAGGGAAAUGCCACUUAUUACCACUUAAUAAACCUUCAGUCAUGAGACCCUUUAGCUGUAUAUCGAAGGCCCAUAAACUUGGAGUAUGAUCUCCAGCGUAUAUCUUGGGAGAGUUGAGAUAAAGGAAGUUGACUUAUAGGAUCCUCGAGGUUGGGAUAAUGUUAAGCCAAGGUUCUCUUUUGCCCCCAGAAAAGUGUCAUCCUUGAGGCAGCUGAGCUAGAGGGAGGUCACUCUGCUGGUCUCAAGGACUUGUCAGUGGGCUGUAGGCAGUAAGGGAAUUUAAUUUUUCAUUUGCCUUAGUUUCCCACAUUACCAUGGCAAGCAUUUAAACCCCUUUCCUUUGUUCUUGGGUAGCCAGGAGUGUCCGAGGACUAUCACACAUUCCACCUGGUGGGGGGAGGGGGGUGGUGUGCCAGCCUGUAUUUUGCCCUCAGCUUGCCUCAUGCUCCCCCAUCAAUACUAAAGAUAAAGAGGUCAGAGUCAAAAUCAAGAGACCAAAAACUUUGCAUGAAAAUCUUUAAAUGCCCCCCCAAAGAACCCCAAAAAACUGUAUUCUAUUUAAGAUUUGAUUUUUAAUAAUCUCUACACCCAACAUGAGGCUCAAACAUACAACCCCAAGAUCAAGAGUCACAUGCUCUACUGACUGAGCCAACCAGGCGCCCCAAAACUAAGUUCUGUUUUAAUGCCUACUCCUUCAGAAUUUAGCCAGUGCCCCUUAAAGUGUAAUAAUUUAGUUUUAAGGUUUUCUUAUGAGUCGUAUGGGUUCCAUAUUACUUUGCUCUUGAAAAAAAAAAGAAUCAUGUGUUGCAAAGUUUUAAUAGUUUUAACUCUCAGUUGCACGUUUACAUGGCAGAAGAAAGUAUUAUAACCCUGUGGUUUAUGAUGUGCUACUGGAUAAAUAUUUAUAUAAAACUGAUGUUUCAAAGAGGGUCAGUUAUAAUUGGAACUUGCAAACUGUAUGGCAAUUUGCAGAUCUACCUCUGUUUUACAUUUUGCCUCUUAUCGGUGCCAUAAUGUAAUUAGUUUGAUUGCGUUAGUUUGUCUUGUUUUUCAGUGUCUAAAAUUACAGCUUACUCACUGUGCUGUAAACAUUUGAAAAUAAUGACUAAAAUUUGGCUAAAAGUAGUUAAACGCCUUUGUAGCGAGGGCUAUACAAUGAAAAAAAAAAUAGUCAUGGCCCAUCUGAAUGGAAAACUUCAAUGCUGUUUUUUAAACUCUUGCACUUCAAGAAUAAGGAAACUUUUAAAUGUCUAAUUGUGGUUGCUAGAUGAGAAAUUGCCAGUUUUGCUGGGGUUCCUGUGAGCAUGCUGCUGGACUUAACAAUGUCUCCUGUUGGGGAGGAAAAAUCUCUCCUUUACCCUCUUAGAUUCAGUAGUUGAGGGCCUGUGAAUUAAACUGACAAAUGAGAGAUGAGCAAGAGAAAGUGUAGAUUUUUAUUCACAUGACACAGAGCAUUCAGAGAAAGGUGGGGCCGGAGGCAGGAUUUGGGGCUUAUAUACCAUCUUAAUAAGGGGAGGGGAGGGAAAGAGAGGACACUGAGGGGAAAACAAAUGAUGUUCAGAAUGGAUAAACGGGCCCUUAGGAGAAUAGAUGGGAGAUUGGAUAGUUUUGUGACAAUGUCUGCUCAUUUGUGAUGCCAGAGUCAAAACUACAACAGUUGAGUUCUUUGGGGGAGGUUCUGCUUUUAGGCAGAUAAAAAGGGAGUUCAGGGAAAAAAGCCUCUUCCUAUAUCUGUUGAUUCUCAAAUGCCGUUAGCACAAAAUAAUUGUUAUGCCACAGUGGUAUGUCCCCCCUCCCCACAUCUAAGACUUCCUUUAUUUCCCCUAAGACUUCCCAAGAUGUUUCAAGGACCAGAAGCUGAGAUGGUGGCUGUGGAGAGAAGAUUCAGGUUAGAAGUUGGGAGGUAGGAGAUCUGCAAAGGGAAAGAAGGCAUAGAUUCAUGGAGAAAGAAAAGGAAAAACAAAAAUUAGUAGUUGGAGCAGAUUAUAAACUCAGUUUGAGUGCAGAGGACAGGCAGUCAAAAUGAUUUCUAAACACUGGUCUUGAAGUGUCUUUAAAAGGCAGAGUCAGAAUGGUAAUGGCAGUCUCACAGUCAUGGGUAUUUCCUGGAGCUCAGACGACCGUGUUCUGGUGAACUUCCUGAGUGGCCCAAACCGUUGUGAUAAAUCCUUUGAAGUUCCCUUCAGCUUGCAGGGCUUAAGGAAAUGGGCACCUAUCGGUGCCGAAUCAGGAGGGUGGAAGAAAAUUGGAAAAGUUAUUUACUGACAAAAUACACAAGGUGGCAUGAUCCAGCUUACAAAGAGGUGAAAAUAGCUCAAAGAGAAUGAACAGGACUAGAAUCUGAUAAUCCACAAUGGUGGGUUGUAGUUUUCCAUUGAAACCUAAAAUUACCCCCAUUUUCAUCAAAGAUAAUCGAGGUAAGACUGUUUUUGUUUGUAGCAAGCCUAGUCUUAUCAAAUUUGACCUGGUUGUAAGUGUAGCAAGAGUAGUAAUUGACAUCAUAGUCCUUUUUAAGUUUGUUUGGCUGGAACUUGUAUUAGGGAUCUCAGAUUGGACUUUUAAAAGCCUCAAAGCUAGGGGUGCCUGGGUGGCUCAGGUUAUCUCACAGUCUUCAGUUCAGGUUGUCUCACAGUUCGUGGAUUCGAGCCCUGCGUCAGGCUUGGUGCUAACAGCUCAGAGCCUGGAGCCUGCUUCGGGUUGUGUCCCCCUCUCUCUGCCCCUCCCCUGCUCAUGCUCUGUCUCUCAAAAAUAAAAUCAACGUUAAAAAAAUAAAAGCCUCGAGGCUGGGAGAACUCACCAUCAGACUUCACUACAGAUUUGGGUGAAUUCCUUCUCAGGAUCCCCAAAAUAUCCUAAAUUUCUGGGCCUGCCAGGAAGUAUCCUUCCUUACUCACCUGGAAGGCUGGGAAUCCUGUAAGCCAGGCAGGUUGUCCAGGAAGGCUUUAUAAGCCCUGGCUCCUUAAAGUCCACCUUAGUUUCUUAAAACUGGUCAUCUCUGAUUCUAUGCACACCAUUCUCAAAUAUGACAUUCCAGUCAAAGCCUAAUAGAACCAGUGUUUCAAAUUGUCUCUUGUUACAAAGAGAACAAAUUCUUACUGAACAUUCAAAUACUGCCAUGAAAAUAACAUUCAGUAAGAGUUUCCAAACUCUGGACGGAUGAGGCAGGGAGAAAAGAUAAAUGUUUGUUUUUGUUUACAAAGACGUAAUCUACUGAACUUCUGUGUGGUAUAUAGAUCAUUUAACACAAAGGGUUUCUGAAACCAAAAAAAAAAAAAAAAAAAAAUGAAAAACAUUAAAGAACCAGCAAUAUUCUAAGCAAAGGUCACAGAAGAAAUCAUAAUCAUUCUUUAUCAGUGUACUCAGUCUCACGUGAUAACUUCAGGUGUUUCUUGAUUUGGGAUUAGCAGUUUUAUGAAUCCACAAGCUUUUCUAUUUGUUCUAGAAACCAUUUGUCCAGGGAUAUGAUCUUAAAAUUACCUAAACAAUGACAUCAGAAGCCUGUAUCCCCAAGUACCUAUUGUAGUCUUUACCAUGGGUCCGUGAGACAGUCUUUUUUUGUAAAACAAUCUCUGUGAGUGACAAAAGGCUUUAAAUGGCCAUGGUUAAAGAUUUGAUAAAGAGUUCUUUAUAAUGUAGUUGACAAGGAAAUGUAGUCGUCCCUGUAACAUUCACUUUAGAUAACUGGAGGUGUGACUAAUCGCUUUCUACCAGGACAUGGACAGCUAGGACGUUGACAAAUUUCCAACAAUCCAAGAAACUUUUUCCUUUUAGGAGGGAAUUUCAACAUCUAGUUUUGCAUCCAUAUACUAUUGGGCUCAUUUCUUAAAAAAAAAAAAAUUAAAUGCAUUCAAUCAGCCAGUUUACCCACAUGAAUAAGAUAUUCCCCGCUUUUUUUUUUCUCUGCUCCACUCCUGCCCCCUUCUGUAGACCCUUUACAGCUUUCUAUGCCCAUGCGGGAUUUUGUCCUUUCCUCUUCCUUCCUCGUUCUGGAACAGCCUUUUUACAACCUCUGUGCAACUACUGUAGGAUAAAAUUGCUUUCCUUUUUUUCUUAACAAAACACAUCUUUCAGGCCUUUCGAGAUGCGCCCCUUCUUUAUUGUUUCUAGUACUCUCACUUACAUAUAUUGAUUAGCAUUCUUAGCCCCUAAUAACCUUAAUUUCCAGUGAAAAUGAGGAAGUUGACAGUUGUGAACUACCACAUAUCAGCAUUCUGUAAAUUGGCGUAUUUAUGAAUGUACCACUUCAACUUCCAGAGGUAGCUGCUUCUUUAUAAUACAAUUUAUUUUUUUUAAGUUUUUAUUUUAUUUAUUUUGAGAGUGAGAGCAGGAAAGGGGCAGAGAGAGGGGGAGAGAGAAUCCCAAGCAGGCUCUGCACUGUCAGCACGGAGCCUGACAUGGGGCUCAAGCCCAUGAACUGUGAGAUCGUGACCUGAGCCGAAAUCAAGAGUCGGAUGCUCAACCAACUGAGCCACCCAGGUGACACUCUAUGGUACAGUUUCUUAAUGUGGUGAAAGAACAUGUUUAUUAACAGGUCCAAAACAUCUCUGGUCUUUCCGUAAAAAUAAGUCAAAGGUAGAUAAACUUAUGUUUUGUAAUUAACGUUUUAGUAUUUUAUUUGGAACUGACCUACACUCAGAAGCAGACAACUGCUUCACUUGAAUUCAAACUGAAGACACAACUCUGGCUUGGGAGCACAAACUUUGACGUUAGAUACUAAACCCUUGACACCCUUGAGGGGAAAGUGGAAACUGUGAGGGAUAGCCAGUCUCAUCAAGCAACAAUUCUUUCCCUGACAGGCGAUCAGAGCUGCUAAGAAGACCGAUCACUGAGGAAAUGAAGCGGUAUUGUUAGCUACAGGAUUUCUGCCGUUGCAGACGCACCACUUGGCCAUUUGCAAUACCGACCCCGUUUUUAAUUCACUUUAAAUAGUGAAUUGAAUUAUUUCACAUUAAUGAAUUCAUUCACAUUAAAUGUGAAUGUUAUUUCACAAGGCCUUCAUUUAUCAUUAAAUCCAGCAAAUGACUGCUUGUUUUGAUUGGCAGAAAAUGAUCACGAGAAUAUUUCCUACUACAAAACCCUAAAAACUCAAAAAGUUCAACCACCGGUCUGCAGGUGGCCUAAAAUCGCCCCCCUCUAUUUAGCCCAGCCAGCAGCUGUUGGUAUUCUAGCACCAACCACAGGUCACACUUUGCUCACGGUUCCUUUUCACCCCUUCUCAACAAGACCUGCUUCAUUGCUUUAGAGUGCAACGUUGAUACUUGAACUAGAUUUCGUCACUGGUAAUUUGAAUAUUCACAAAAUUAUCAUAGAAGAAGCUUUAUUUGAGACUUCUGGCAAAGCCAGAUCUGCAGAACAUCGCUUUUGCAUUGAGUUGGCCCAAGUAACUAAGGUUGCAGCAGAGCACAUUUAUUAGACAAAUCUUUAAGCACAUAAAUAUGGUUCACUGCAGAUAGUCAUCCUGAGAUCAUCUGCACCUAAAACAAAAUGUUUUAUGAGACCAUUUUGCUCUAGACCAGGGAUUGGCAAACUAUAGCCCACAGACCCAUCCAGUCUGCGGUUGUAUGGCCUGCAAGGUAAGAAUGAUUUUUACAUUUUAACGGUGUUCUUUAAACAUACAAAAAGAAAAAGAAUAAGCAACAGAGAGGUGUGUGGCCUGCAAUGCCUCGAAUAUUCACGAUCUGGUUCUGGGAUUUUGCCCUCUUCUCUAGGCCUUCAGCAAACGAACUCCAUAACGGAAGUAUAGUACUUCCCUCCACACUUCUCUGCAAGAUGACUGGUGUAUUUGUCAGCCGGAAAAUAUGUUCUGCACUUAAGACCUCUCUCACUUCUUUGUUGAAUGUAGUAAUAGCAUUUGUGUUUAAAUAUUGACACUCUAACACCAUUUCUUCAUAUCAGUUUUACUAGAUUGUCAACAGCCUGCUGCAAAGUGCCUAAACCUUUGGGGAAAAAAUUACGUGAUUUUGUUUUCUUUACGAAGGAAAUUCCAUUCCAUACUGUAAAAUCCAACGAUGCUAGGAUGCUAGGUGCAUAGUCAUGGGUACUUCUUUUUUUUUGUUUUCUUUCUCAAAGAAAAAGUUCGAAGCCCUUUCCACAACUAGUCCUUGUUUCUUUUUGCCUUUUCUUUUUAGAGCUAAAUUAUUUAAUAGCAAUUAACAAGUGAGUCUAUUUUAAUAGGUAUUGUCAAUUUCUGUUGAAUGUACUGAUCAGGCAUUGUUUACUGUCCAGCAUUUCCAUACUUGUAAUAUUUCUGAGUCAUUAAUGUGACCAACAGGUAAACUGUUCAAGCUAA